CGCACGAGAUGUGAAAUCUAUGCCCGGGACCAACAAACACGGCCAGUCCGCGAUUCACUGCUCUGUUCAGGUCAACGCAGAGAGUGGGAGAGACGCACACCGAUUGAUAGAGAGAGAGAGAGAGAGAGAGAGAUCCAAUAGAUAACUGCUCCGCUCUCGCAGCUACAGGGGGACGAAGAUUCCAAUUUCCGGUAACCCAUCUCCCCCUUCAGACUCGAGCUCUGUUGCCUUGCCUUUCGCUUCUCUCCUCGACUCUGGGGUUUCCAAAAAUAGCCUCUCUCUCUCUCGAAUAAUAAACAAGUGUUAUGCUGGAGGCGGUCGUUGAGUAGCUGAGUUUCGAGGAUUCACUCGCGGACACGAGAUUCGCUCCUGCAGUCAUCCGUCCGCUUCUGGGCAUAGGUCGGUGUUCAAUCGGGAUUCGUGUCUAUCGCUGAUUUUGGGUUACUUGGUCGUGCGGAGGAUCUUAGCUACACCCCCAGGACUCAGGACCGAGUGGAUUUUCGUCUGCGUCUGUCGAAUUCUGUACGUGAUUGAAUGAUUCUGAGGCCGAACUGAAGUACCCAGUUUGGUAAUUUUGGUUGGUGAACACGUAGGGUGAAGGGCCUGACGCAAAGAUUUAUGUGCUGGUGGUUUGCUAGAGGAAGAGUCCGAGGUGGGUCUUCUGGUGUUGCUGAUAUUAAGGAUACAUCAUACACACACACAUACCCACCUAUUAUUUAUUAUAUAUAUAUAUAUAAUAAAGCUGCGGCCUUCUCGUUUUGCGGUGGAUUCUUGCCAGCUUUUGAGGGGGCCUCUGCAGCUUGCAAUAUUUAUCUCUUUAAGGUCAUCUCCAGAGCUUUGAAGUGAUUUCGUGCUUCGGGAUUCUUCAUCAUAAGUGUCUCCCCGUUUUGCUCUUCCCUCUUUGUGAUUCGUGUGGUGGUUUGGCUUCUGAUUCUGUUGCUAUUUAGGGGGGAAAGCCACGAUCUUGCUGUGCCCUUUUGGUGCAGGGGUUCUUAAGACUGCUGGGCAGAUCAGUUCGCAGAAUUAGGCGUUCUGUUCUAACCCUCCUGAGAUCAAAGUUCGGGGUCGAUUUCGAUACUCUAGGUUGUGGUUUUCUCUUCUUGUCAGAUUAUCUUGAAGGAUCGGGCUGCAAGAGGCCUGAGAAAUGGGUUUUGGUGGAUUGGCUGACCUGGAGUUUUCUCUGCUAAAUCUCUAGCAUUUCGUUCCUUCUGGUAUUGGUGAAGUUUGUAACUGCCAGAUGGAAUACCCCUUUUCUUCUAAAGAAAAGGGGAUGGGUUAUUGGAUUGCUCCAGGAGCUCCGGUUGAUGGCUCUGGUCUGUUUGAUUACGGACCGAGGAAUCCGCUCCCUGAUGACCCAUUUGGUAACUUCACCGAUAUAAUGAACUUUGAUUCCUAUCCUGGACUUCACAACAGCCCAAUGGGAGCAGAUCAAAUACUCACAUCAUACACACUACCCAGUUAUCCAUCUGCGCCUUAUGCAUCGCCAGACGCAAUGGCUUUGUCUGACCAUACUCCCCUGAGUAGCUUCUCCGAUCAAGGAGGUGGCUUGGGAAGUUCUUCUGGAUACAGAGAAAAUGUUCAGAUCGAGAAUUCUCAGGUGGACCCUCCUGAAGAGAAUGAUUCAUCUCGGGCUAGACAGAUUGGCUUCCCUGAUGGAGUAAAUCCCCUGAUUCCUCAGCCACUUGCUCGGUCCUUAGAUGAAAAGAUGCUUAAGGCUCUAUCCAUGUUUAAGGAAUUCUCAGGAGGUGGGAUUUUGGCGCAAGUGUGGGUCCCGAUAAGGCAUGGUGACCAGUUCUAUCUCAGCACCUGUGAGCAGCCCUACUUGCUUGACAAGGUGCUCGAGGGUUACAGAGAAGUCUCAAGGGCAUUCACCUUCUCAGCAGAGGGAAAACCAGGUUCUUAUCCUGGGCUACCAGGGCGUGUCUUUAUGUCAAGGGUUCCUGAGUGGACUUCGAAUGUGAUUUAUUACAAUCACAGUGAGUAUUUACGGGUCAAACAUGCGGUCGAACAUAAUAUUCGCGGUUGCAUUGCUUUGCCGGUGUUUGACUCUAAUGAGAUUUCGUGCUGUGCUGUGCUGGAACUGGUCACAAUGAAGGAAAAACCCAACUUCGAUUCAGAGAUGGAGAAAGUUUGCACUGCACUUCAGGCAGUAAACCUGCGGACAUCUCCACCAUCUCGACUCCGUCCACAGUGCCUCUCUCGGAACCAGAGGGCUGCUCUAGCCGAAAUAACUGAUGUUUUACGCGCAGUGUGCCAUGCACACAGGUUCCCACUAGCACUGACAUGGAUUCCAUGUGUCUUCAUUGAGGAACCGACUGAUGAGAUCAUACAAGUCCAAGUUCGGGAAGGAAACAAAGACCCUAACCGCAAGUGCAUCCUCUGCAUUGAGGACUCAGCUUGCUACGUGAAUGAUAAGUCAAUGGAGGGAUUUGUCCAUGCCUGUGUGGAGCACUACCUUGAAGAAGGGCAAGGGAUAGCGGGAAAAGCCCUCCAGUCAAGCCAUCCCUUCUUUUAUCCUGAUGUUAAGAGCUAUGAUAUAAGGGACUACCCGCUCGUUCACCACGCCCGUAGGUUUGGUUUGAGUGCUGCUGUUGCAAUUCGCUUAAGGAGCACUUACACAGGAGAUAAUGAUUAUGUACUUGAGUUUUUUCUUCCUGUAAACAUAAAGGGGAGUGCAGAGCAACAGCUUUUGUUGGAUAACCUCUCACGAACGAUGCAGAGGAUUUGUAAAACCCUGAGGACGGUCUCAGAAGCAGAAUUGGUUAGUGGCACCGAAAUGGAGGUUGCGGAUAAUGUUCCUCCAGCUGCUGUUUCUAGAAGGGCUUCUAGUACAGUUUUAUCAGGCUCGACUAGUGGGCCCAGUCCAAGGAGUGACGGGUUGGACUCUGAUGGACCUUGUGAACAGAUGGCAAGUGGGUCAAACAGGCAGCAAGAGAAAAAGAGGAGUACAGCAGAGAAAACUGUAAGCUUGAGCGUUCUUCAGCAGUACUUCUCAGGGAGUCUUAAGGACGCUGCUAAAAGCAUUGGAGUUUGCCCAACUACUCUCAAAAGGAUUUGCAGACAGCAUGGAAUCUCAAGAUGGCCAUCUCGCAAGAUAAAUAAAGUGAACAGAUCACUUCGGAAAAUCCAGACAGUCCUCGAUUCAGUUCAAGGCGUGGAUGGUGGACUGAAAUUCGACCCGACGACUGGUGGGUUUGUGGCAGCAGGUCCCAUCUCCCAGGAAGUUGAUGUCCAGAAGAACCUCCUCUUCCCUGACAAGAACCCUAGUCUUGGAAAAAAUGCCGAGGUAUUCAUCAGAGAAAGCAGCUCGAUUCCUAGCAUCAACGGUGAGAGUUCCAUGAUCAAAUUGGAAGAGGACGAGUGUUGUGUUGGUAGAAAUCCUCAAGGAGAAGGAAACAAAGCUAUAAACCUGGACAAAAGCCAACCCAUUCCAUGGAUCGGGCCUCAGAAUCCUUCUCUGGACUCCUACUUCCCUAAACUGGGCAAGAACUCUCCCCCGAAGGUCGGGGAUCCUCACUUUCUUCUAGUUAAUUCUGGGUGCCCAAGCACUUAUAUCGCUGCUGUGGCGGAAGAUAUGGACGCUGGAGUGGAGAUCGACAACGGGGCUGUUGUCCAUACAAGGCCCACUUCCUUGAGCAUGACAGACUCUUCUAAUGUGUCGGGCUCAAUGAUGCAUGGGAGUUCCUCGAGUUCCCAGAGCUUUGAGGAAGGGAAGCAGGGUUCUUGUAAGCCUGAAGCAAAUUGCUGUGACAGUGGGACAAAAAUCACCGUGAAGGCCACUUACAAGGACGAUACGAUUCGGUUCAAGUUCAACCCAAGUGCAGGUUGCUUUCAACUAUAUGAGGAGGUCUCGAAGAGAUUUAAGAUUGCUAAUGGAACAUUCCAGCUUAAGUACUUGGACGAUGAGGAUGAGUGGGUUAUGUUAGUCAGCGAAUCCGACCUCCAGGAGUGUCUCGAGGUUUUAGAAUCUUCAGGUACCCAGAGCGUGAAGUUUCUUGUUAGGGACCUCCCUGCUGCAAUGGGCAGCUCAGGCAGCAGUAAUUGCUUCUUAACAGGUAGCUCGUAAUGAGAAACUUGAGAAUGGCAAUGCCCCAUUAUGCUGUCCUCAUCUUACCUGGACCCAGUCUGAAACGGGGAGUUUGUCUCUGUUUCUUUAAGGAACUGUCUCGGUUCUUUGCGAGCUGUUGGAUCAACUUUCUACAGUGAAAACCAACAUCACAGAAAGUAGAUCUAACAGCAUCCACGGUACAAGGGACGGCUUCUUAUGAAGAAGGCAUCCUUUCGACUUAGUCAAUCACAAGGAUUGACUACUGGGACGUCUAGCGAAGGUUAUGAUCAUAACCAUCUCGGUCGGAUUGUUGUGAUUGAUAUGUUGUGAAGAAAUCUCCGUGGACAGUGUCUAAGGAAUCUUCCACCUGCGCUGACCCAGGUUUGAUCUUCAGAGAGAGAAAUUCCGAGGGCUGGGGAGGAGGCACAGAAGGGAGAGUGUAGUAUGGAGCUUUGUUGUUUGCUUGUGUGUUGUUUUAGUGUAAAAUAUGUACAUGAUUAGGAAACAAGAGAAGGGACUGAGAUAGUGUUUUACUUUUGUAGGGGAAAGGGGGAAAGAAAGCAAAUAGAAAAGUAAAACAUGUGAGGCCUUUGUAAUGCUUUUUUCAUGGUAGCUCUUCUAGUUGAAUUAAGAUGAUGAUACUUAGUUGUAUAUAAUUUUAUUAAGAAAAAGAUAAAAUAUAGGGACAAGGAAAAUAAAAAAUAAUAAAGAGCAACAAUGAAAGGCUUGAUAUUUUGUA